AAGAGGAAGAGCUUUUUCUGUGGUGGCCCCCUGGUUGAUAGAAACCUUCCCCAGAAAGACUCACCUAGCAGCAUUUGGGUCCCAGAUAAAGGCCCUUUUAUUUUCACCUUUAUUUAAUUGGCGUUUUAUUUGUGUUGCCUUGUCACUGCUGAACUUGUAGUGUGUUCUUCAUUUUAUCUGCCUAGGUUUUUAUUCCCACUGUUUUGGUUAUGGUGUUUUUUGCAAACUAACCUGAGAGCUUCAGAGAUGGGGUGGUUUAAAGUUUGAGUGAAUGAAUGAAUGAAUGAAAGAAAUUGUUAUCUGUGCAAGGGAGAAUUAAAAAUUCCGAAAGCCAAAUCUUGAUUUCACAAUAAAUUGCAUACACUGCAGUGGCCGAAAUGCUUUUGUGGCCACAUCGUCCCUUCUUUCCAGAAAUGUAACUUCUUCCAGGGUCUCUAUCCGUGACUCCGACACUUCCAGUUUCUCCUUUGUGCCAAGGGAUGACUGGCCACAAACGUCAUUGAGAUUCUUCUCACGGACAAGGAAAAAAACACUGAAUGAAAGGAAAGUUUGUCCCCGCUGAACACGAAGGAGUUUCCCAGCAAGUUGACCAGGAAGAGCUUUGGAGACCCUCAAUCUUUCUCACUGCACCUCUGGGCCAAGUUGAUGUCCAUUGGAUUCUUAACUAAAAUCUGCAGUUUGUCUCUGGAGCUAAGUAGAAUUGAUGCCACUCUGCUUGUCUGCAAAGAACUGGGUCAGUUUGACUGGGUCUCUGAAGAAAGAACUGUAGCAGGACAAAAGAGGCCAGAAAUAAAGGAAUCAGAACUUUGAGCCUCUGCAAACUACUAACCACCAGAGUUUAAAGGGAGUUUUAAAAUUUCCUUCCUUUCGCAGAAAUUUGUCAGAAGUCCAGAGCAUCGGAAAAGAUUCUGGAAUGAGUUUGGAAAAAGAUUCAGCGCCUCUCUGGAUCACAACAGUAGACGGGCAGGUGAAGCUACGAAGAGACCCCACCUGCUCACAAGCGCCGAUGACAGUUCACCAGAUGUUCCUAGAAUCUCUAGAGAAAUACAAGUCUCUCAACGCAUUAGCCAGCAAAAAGGAGGGGAAAUGGGAAAAGAUUACUUUUUCUGAGUAUUACCACCUUUCUCGGAAAGCAGCCAAGAGUUUCCUGAAGCUUGGCCUUGAACGAUUCCACAGUGUUGCGAUUCUGGGUUUUAAUUCUACAGAAUGGUUCAUUUCGGCUGUAGGAGCUGUUUUUGCUGGUGGCAUUGUGACCGGGAUCUACACCACUAGUUCUCCAGAGGCUUGUCAUUAUAUUGCUCAUGACUGCAGAGCUAAUAUUGUAGUGGUGGAAAAUCAGAAGCAGUUGGACAAGAUAAUACAGAUCUGGGAUCGUUUACCGUACUUAAAAGCUGUCGUGAUGUAUAAAGAUCGUGUGUCUGAGAAACAUCCCAAUUUGUAUACGAUGGAUGAAUUCAUGGAGUUGGGAAACGAAAUUCCAGAUGGACAACUUGAUGCUAUCAUCAAUUCCCAAGAGGCAAACCAAUGUUGUGUCCUGAUCUACACCUCUGGGACGACAGGAGAGCCCAAAGGGGUCAUGCUGAGCCACGACAAUGUUACCUGGACAUCUGCCCACGCCAGUCGAGCAGGAGAUGUGCAACCAGCUGAAAUCCAGCAGGAAAAGAUUGUCAGCUACCUGCCCCUGAGCCACGUUGCUGGGCAGAUGUAUGAUCUCUGGACUGGGAUCAAGUGGGGCGAAGAGGUUUAUUUCGCACCACCGGAUGCCUUGAAGGGAAGCUUGGUUGAGGUCCUCAGAGAAGCAUUGCCCACUUCACAAAUGGGAGUACCCCGGGUGUGGGAGAAGAUGAUGGAGAAGAUCAAGGAGGUGUCUUCUCAGACUGGAUUGCUGAAGAGGAAGACACUAUCUUGGGCCAUGUCGGCCACUUUGGAACAAAACCUAAGCUGCUCAAAUAGGGACUCUAAGCCCUUCUGGAUGAGGUUGGUGGACUCUUUGCUCCUGGCGAAGAUCCGCUGGGCGCUGGGCCUUUCCCAGUGCCAGAAGCAUUUCUCCGGGGGUGCUCCUCUCCCUGAGGAAGUCUCCCACUUCUUCCUUGGCCUGAACAUCCCUAUUUAUGAAGGGUACGGGAUGAGCGAAACCUCCGGUCCCUUUUGCUUAUCUGGGCCACACGUUUAUCGACCCAACAGCUGUGGCAAGGUUGUCCCAGGCUGCCUCGUUAAGAUAGUGAACAAAGACGAGCACGGCAACGGGGAGAUUUGCUUUUGGGGACGGCCUGUCUUCAUGGGCUAUUUGAACAUGGAGGACAAGACCAGGGAAGUGAUUGACCAAGAUGGCUGGUUGCACUCUGGAGAUCUUGGAAAGAUGGACAAGGAUGGAUUUGUUUAUGUCACCGGAAGAAUUAAAGAGCUGAUUAUUACAGCUGGGGGUGAGAAUAUCCCUCCAAUCCCACUGGAAGAAGCUGUCAAGAAGGAGCUGCCACUUGUUAGCAACGCUGUAUUGAUUGGCGAUCGGAAGAAGUUCUUAUCCAUGCUGCUGACCUUAAAGUGUUCAGUGGAUCCUGAUACAUCGGAACCCACCGACUACCUGACCCAGGAAGCCGGAGACUUCUGCCAAAAAGCCGGAAGCAAAGCCACACGGGUGUCUGAAAUUGUGCAGACGAGAGACCACGCUGUUUACCGGGCUGUGCAAGAUGGCAUUGACCGCAUCAACAGGGGCGCCCUCAGCAACCCUCAGCGUAUUCAGAAGUGGGCCAUUUUAGAAAAAGAUUUCUCCAUUUCUGGGGGAGAAUUUGGUCCAUUGAUGAAAUUAAAGAGGCAAACCGUGAUUGAGAAGUACCAAAAGGAAAUUGAAGCUUUUUACAAAGACUGAAGUUGAGUUGCCUAGGCUCUGUCAGGACAAGAAAUCUCGUCAGCUUCCUUUGUAGAGAAUUAACUGUUCCUAUGCAAACAUUACACUGAAAAGGUAGGAACAGUUUUUGCAGUUGGGGUGGAAAGCAUCUACUCUGUGACGUCUCAGUGUUACUUUCACUUUAGCAACCAGAAAGACCAAGUCAGCACUCCCAAAUACAUUCUAAUUAAGCUGUCCCUCGAAAAUGCUUUUAAAUCACACCGUAUCUUGAUUUAUUCGGAAUGCCCCCAGGAACUAUUCAAUUGCAUGGAGAAAAGUCAUUUUUUAAGCCAGCUCUGGAGAAAAAAAAAAAAAACAUACAUCAAAUGAUACAAGCAUUUUGUAAAACAGAAACUGGUUAAAACUUUUUAGGGGUACCCUAAAAUGUACCCAUGAAACUCUCUGCAAUGAGCCAUAAUAGUUUCAGACAGUGCUGUUGUUUUUAUUAAAAGCUCUUUUUACUGCCCUAUUCCACAUGGCUCUAGGUAGAUUAUUUUAUUCAACAAAAUGAUACUUUUCCACGAUUCCAGAUGAUUUUUUUCUCUAGCCUUAGUAGUUUUCAUUGAGAAAUUUGAAGACUUUCCAUGAUUCGUGACAAAGCUUGUUGCCCCAAUACCUUGCUUAGACUUAAUGUCCUUCCUGGAAUCAGUCUGGGAUCUUGCAGAGAUAAAAGAGGGAGAUAGAUGCAAAAUAGAUUGUCGGAGCAUUUUAAACCUUCAAUUCUUAUUAAAAGAACAAACAAACAAAGAAAGAGCAAGAAA